AUGGCGAAUAGGACCUUCAAGACGGCAAGCAAUCCGAGAACAACUUGUGCGGCAAGUUUCGGACCAACGAAAAGCGAGAGUAUUAUUUUUAUUGUUACCACCCCCACCACGUAUUCAAUACCUACCGAUGGCGCAGCAGGUCGGCUCCUUGAAGUCCUGGAUCGACACUCUAUGCGAACAGCCCAUAUUCAUGUAAUGGUGACUGCCGAGGGCUACAGGUCACUCACCACCCAGCUAUUUCCACGUGCUGAUCCUCACCUCACAGAUGACACGGUGUUUGCGGUCAAAGAAGAUCUAAUUCUGGAUUUCACGCCUUCAGAUGACCCCAAGGCUUCCCUAGAUCUGAAAUACGACUUCACCCUGACCCCGCUCUCUCCAGGUAUGACCAAAGGCUGGUCCCAUACUGUGGUUUGA